GUCUGGCGACCGAGCCGUGUGGACGUAUACUGCGUGUAUAUUACAAGUAAAGUCUGUUACGCGUUUCAUCGAGUUUCACCUUUUUCUACACCCUUUACUAUCCAUCCUGAAUCGCCGCCCUUGUCCUUGCCGUCGGGAUAACCUGAGCUACGGACCGGGCGAUACCUUACAAAACAUAAUUUUUAAAAGUUUGUGAUCUAUUUUUGGCAAAUGGAUAUCGGAGAACUUUCAUCUUAUAAGCCCCCAAGCACAUUGAAACGACCGGCAGCGGGAGAGGAAGACGAUGACGAUGAAUGGGAGAGUCAACGACAGUCUAAGAAGCUCGACGAACUAACGGAGAAGGAAAAACAAGAUAUAUUGAAUAAGGAAACUAAGGCGCCUAAAGUCGAAGCGUUGGAUGAAGCGACGCUCGAACGUCUGAUCCUUCUAUUUGAGAAGAGAGCUCUCAGGAAUCAAAAGAUGAGAGUCAAAUUCCCAGAUCAACCGGAGAAGUUUAUGGAAUCCGAAGUAGAACUGCAAGAAACUAUGCAAAAGCUUCGAAUUGCAGUAGCCAAUCCAACCAAUCUAUAUUUGUAUUGUAUAUUAAUGGUAAAAUUAGGCGCCGUACCUUCUUUACUAGAAUUGUUGUCUCAUGAAAAUACCGAUAUAGCAGUUGGUGUGGUAAAGCUUCUGUUCGAUUUUACUUACGAUACAUAUUACAAUAUAUUAGACGCAAUUCAGAAAGAAAGCGCUGAUACAUUUAUCAAUGCUUUGUUGGAGCAACAAGUUUUCGCUCUCCUAGUACAAAAUCUCGAGAGGCUUGAUGAAACAGUGGUUAAAGAGGACACCGGUGUUUGUCUCACACUUGAGUUUUUUGACAAACUACUGGAAUUUAGACCAGAUAUAUGUGCGGAUGCGGGAAAGCAGGGAUUGAUGCAAUGGUUGUUACGUCGAGUUAAAAUUAUAACAAAAACAUUUUUUGACUUCAACGAUUGUUGGGCCUGUUCUCUCCUAUAUAAACUUGUGCAGCAUACGCCAGAAAAUAGACUCCUUUUAGGUGACUUGGCUGGAAUUCAUGUUUUGCUACAACAAUUAGCUUAUUUACCGAGAUCGCAGAAUAGAGAGAAAUAUGAGGUUGAAGGGAUAAUGAGACAUUUGUUUGACGUUUUGUGCUCAAGCUUAAUGGCUACUGUAAAUCGAGAUAGAUUUCUGCGUGACAAAGGCCUCCAACUUAUGAACUUAAUGUUACGAGAAAAAAAGAUGUCAUGGAAUGGAUCUCUCAAAGUUUUAGAUCACGCUAUGAAUGGCCCGGACGGAAAAGAUAACUGCAGCAAAUUUGUAGAUAUUCUUGGAUUGCGAACUAUAUUUCCUCUGUUUAUGAAAACCCCAACAAGAAAUAGAAAUAGAAUGCGAGAACUUACUGCAGAAGACGAUGAAAAACACGUGAUUUCAAUCAUAGCAAGCUUGUUAAAGAACUGUAAAGGACAACAGCGUCAAACAUUACUUUCUUAUUUUACGGAGAAUGAUUAUGAGAAAGUGGAUAGAUUAAUGGAAUUACAUUUCAAGUAUCUUGAAAAGGUAGAAGAAGUGAAAAAGAAGGUAGAAGAAGUGAAUGGGAAGGACGAGGACGAUGAAGACGAAGAAGAAUUGUACUCGAGAAGAUUAGACGGCCGGUUAUUUAUAUUACAGUUAAUAGAUUAUGUACUUUUAGAAGCUUGCACUGGUUGUCCGCCUGCAGUCAAGCAACGAAUAAAGGAUCUCUUGGCGCAGAGAUCCCUUAAAACAAUUCGCUACAUCAUGAGAG